UGAAGAUCCACAUUGCUGCUGCAGUGAUCUCAGUGCUAAUUCAAAGAGUGCGAAGAUGUGGUGUGGGGUUGGGCCACUGGCAGUGGUGGCCGCAGUGUUUUGGACUCAGUGUGUCCUUCUGGAAGGGGUUUAUGCCAAGAAGGAGAGGAAAAGGCUGAAGGAGACCACCCCACAACACACAGAGACGUACAAUGCCACUCUCUCCAAUAGCGAAGAGGUCGGUGGGAGCAUCAAGAUUUCUGACAACCAGAGAGUGGACCCAUUAGGAUCUUGGAUGGAUUUUGUGAAACGACCUGUUGGCAACUUUGGAAAAUGUCGCAAACGGAAACGACCCCUGCCUGGUCCACCUGGCCCCCCAGGUCCUCCUGGCCCACAGGGACCUCCUGGCUCUCCUGGGGCAGAGGUCACCCAGGAAGUUCUCCUCAAGGAAUUUAAAGAGAUGAUAAGAGAGGCCACAGAGAGGAGAGCAGCAGCUUUGGACCGACAGACCAGCCCCAGCCAGCUACCUACACCUCUCCUCACCCUGGAGGGCUUGACCUCCUACCGGCGGAUAGAGGAGGCCUUCCACUGCAAGCUUAAAGGGCCUGUAGUGGUGGACAAGAAAACUCUGGUGGAGCUCCAGAACUUCCAAACACCUCCAGCAAAGGGAGCCUUCCUCAGGGGGUCAGGAAUGGACCAGUCCACUGGACGAUUCACAGCUCCCAUCACAGGGAUUUACCAGUUUUCUGCCAAUGUCCAUAUUGACCACAAUGAGGUGAAGAAGAGCAAGAGUCAGCUCAAAGCCAGGGACAAUGUUCGGGUGCUCAUCUGCAUUGAGUGCCUAUGCCACAGAUACACAUCACUGGAGAUGAUUGUUGGAUUGGAAAGUAACAGCAAGAUUUUCACUGUCAGUGUGCAAGGGCUGCUGGAGCUACAGGUCGGGCAGUACACCUCUGUGUUUGUGGAUAAUGCUGCAGGUGCAUCCAUUACAAUACAGAAUGGCUCUGACUUUAUGGGCAUUCUGCUUGGGGUAUAGCCCCACACCCCUCCCUGGGAGCAGGGCAUCAGCCAACUCAUCCAUUUGUGCUGUUUUUCAUCGGACUGCUUAUGAGCACUACCAUACAAUGCCAUCCAUGGGGGAGAUUUGGAGGAGUCUAGCUGCAGAGAAGGAAAAUCAGGUUGCCUCUGAACACAAAACUUGGCAAACGAUGAAAGGACAGUGUUAAGAAAACCGAAAUGACUGAGAUUGUCUUUCACAAUUCACUGCCACUGCCCAAGAGAACGUAGUUGCCACACCAAAAGAACAACAUGACUAAAGAAACGGUGAACUUACCUGUUACAUUUUCAGCUGUCAUGGUUGACAAUUGAAAGUCUUGCCACAGCGACCUUAAUGAUACACCUCAUGUCAGUGUGGUGGUAUGUUCUCUCUAAGUAGAUGUUGGAAGAGCUGAUGAGCACCAAACAGUAAAAUCUGGUGUUUUACUCAUGUGAUUUAUUAUGUAUACCACUCUGGAAACAAAAUAUUUUUUCUUAUGAAUUCAGUCUCACACAUUUAUGUGUAUAUAUAUUUAAAUAUAUAUAUAUAUAUAUAUAUACAGACAGGUGACAAAUGAAAGGAAAAACCAACAUAAUGUUUGUUAAUAAGGUGGGAGGCCACCACAAGCCUCCAGAACAGCUUCAGUCCUCCUUGUCAUAGAUUCUACAAGUCUGUGAACUCUACUGGAGGGAUGGAACAUCGUUCUUCUAAAAGAUAUUCCCUCGCUUGGUGUUUUGAUGAUGGAGGUGGAGAGUGCUGUCAAACACGGUCCAAAAAUCUCCCAUAGGUGUUCAAUUGGGUUGAGAUCUGGUGACCGCGAAGGCCAUAGCAUAUGAUUCCUAUAAUUUCAUCCUCAUCAAACCAUUCAGUGACCUCUCGUGCCCUGUGGAUGGGGGCACUAUCAUCCUGGAAGAGACCACUCCUCAUCAGGAUAGAAACGUUUCAACAUUUGCCUUAUUCACCUCGGCGCCAUGUUUGGUUCACCGACGUCAUGAGGGAGAUUAGACAUGGAAGUUUUAUAGACUCAAAUGUUACAACUCUGCUGUAAAAAUACUAUUUCAUGAGUAGUAUUGAAUAGGAUAUCAUAGAGAUCAGGCUAUCAUCAUUUCAAAGCCCUUAUUAAAAGAUGUCAAAGGGGACAAGUGGAAAAUAUCCUCCACAGAAUAACAGAGCCCCAAGACCCCGUCACUGUAGGGGUCAAGCAUUCAGGUUUUUCCUUUAAUUUGUCACCCAUCUAUCUCUAUGUGUGUGUGUAUGUAUAUAUUUACAUAUAUACAUAUAAUGUAUGCUACAUGGACUCUGUGAGUACACUGGACAAUGGGAAUAUGCUCAGUAGAUGUAUCAUGGGCCCACACAUUCUUGGAAAAGUGAUGUCCUAAAUCAGUAAUUACUGUAUUACAGUUUUUUUUAACAUGUCAAAGAAAUUAAGAUAGGGUCUUUGACUGUAAAUAGAGCUGGAAAGGACUUUUUUUCGCUGAUAUUUUUUACAGUGCCAUUUGUGAUACCAUUUUAUCUGUUUAUUUGUUUGUUUGUUUUUUACUGCUUUUGGCAUAUAGCUGCCUGUAAUUUAUAAUUGAUACUUCGGUAACAGUCAUUAGAAAAGCAUUGAAUUUGAUAUGGUAUUUAUGUUUGAAUUGUAUUCACUCAUGUCGUGGCAAAUGAAUCGAUCUCAACUUGGAUAGCAAGACUGACACGUCAUUGUAUCUUUUUGGCGAUUUAUGUUUUUAAUUAGCUCCUAGGAUAUGCUGUAUUUUGAAAUUAAACUAUGUUGAAACAGUUAUCCCUUUUUCUUCACUCGUAACAAGUCCUGAUACUGGAGUGCGGUGUCCUAUCAUUACACACCAUUAUAACCUUGUUUCUUGUUGUAAUGUAAUUAUUGGUUUAUCUUUGGAGAAGGAGCAAGGGUGGCUUGUCUUCACGCAGUGCUCUUAAUGGUCACUAAAUCCCUUUUCUUUUCUUUUUUUUUAGAAUACACAGCAAAUUAUUGAAAUCACCCUCUGGGGUGAAGCAAAAGUUGACGUUUUCCUUUGCAUCAUUUGCAUUGUGAAAUGCCCCAAAUACCUCAAAUACUUUUGCAAACAGUGGCAGACUGCCAUCGGAAUUGCUGUGGUUACCUACCAACUUGUGAAAUAUUGGUGUUUGAAAUGAAAUUCUCUGCAUGUCAGUUAUAUUCCUGUGUCCAGGGAACAACAAAUUUGAUGGCUAUUACUUUUUCCAGAACAUGUUGCUGUUCCAAAAUUUUCCAGUUUUAUUUAUGCUGAAUAACUGGUUCACAGCAAUAAUGCUCUCACUGGUACAUAGUAUUAUGGGACAAAUGGGAAUUUGUGGUUGCCGUUAGAUUAUGAGAAUUACUAUUAUAAUAUUUUAGGGAGUUUUCCUCUUAGGUCCGUUCACAUGAAUGUGAACCGUGUCCUGCAAUUUCUAGUGUAGAAACCGUCUUACAGAGUGCUGCACAUGAAGGCUGUUAAUACUAAGGCCUUGGCUUGUCUGA